UCUUCUUCUCAUUGUACUACAGCAAAGGCUUCUGGGCAAGGCCAGCAGAAGCAAAGGAACCCACCCCAUGGAGAGAUGCCGGAUGGAGGCAGCCAAUGGCUCCAAGGAUGGCUUGGAUUCCAACCCCAUGAAGCACUACAUGAUCCUGAGCAGUUCCCAAAAGAUAGCUGUUGCAGUGCUGUGCACACCUUUGGGCCUGCUAAGUGCCCUGGAGAACCUGGCUGUGCUCUACCUGAUCCUAUCCUCCCACCGGCUCCGCAGGAGGCCCUCAUACCUGUUCAUUGGCAGUUUGGCUGUAGCUGACUUCCUGGCCAGUGUGGUCUUUGCCUGCAGCUUUGUAAAUUUUCAUGUCUUCCAAGGUGUGGAUUCUGAGGCUGUCUUUCUGCUGAAGAUCUGCAGCGUGACCAUGACCUUCACAGCCUCUGUAGGCAGCCUGCUGCUGACCGCCAUUGACCGCUACCUCUGUCUGCGCUACCCACCUGCAUACAAAGCCCUACUCACCCGUGGGAGGGCACUGGUGAUGCUGGGCAUCAUGUGGGUCCUCUCAGCAUUGGUCUCCUACCUGCCCCUCAUGGGAUGGACUUGUUGUCCCAGUCCCUGCUCUGAGCUUUUCCCCCUGAUCCCCAAUGACUAUCUGCUGAGCUGGCUCCUGUUCAUUGCCUUCCUCUUCUCUGGUAUCAUCUACACCUAUGGGCAUGUCCUCUGGAAGGCUCAUCAGCAUGUAGCCAGCUUGACCGAGCACCAGGACAGGCAGGUGCCAGGAAUGGCCCGGAUGAGGCUGGAUGUGAAGUUGGCUAAGACCCUGGGCAUGCUGCUGGCUGUGCUCUGCAUAUGCUGGUUUCCGGUACUGGCCCUCAUGGUCUACAGCCUGGUCACCACUCUAAGCGACCAGGUCAGGAAAGUCUUUGCCUUCUUCUCCUUGCUCUGCCUUGUUAAUUCCAUGGCCAACCCUGUCAUCUAUGCCCUUCGGAGUGGGGAGAUCCGCUCCUCUGCCUACCACUGCCUGGCCCGCUGGAGGAGGCACCUGAGGGGCCCUGGGCCCGAGGGAAAAGAAGAGGUCCCGAAGUCCUCAGUCACUGAGACAGAGGCUGAUGUGAAAAUCACCCAGUGACCAGAUUCCAGAGGUCUAUACUGCCCUGAUUGCUGAUGAGGCCUCUUUCACAGUUUUAAACAAGCAAAGUCAGAAGUCAUUUCACUCCCUAGAGAAAAGAGAGUGGUCUUGACCGUCCAAUCUUACUUGAACCAGCCUCAGGGGCCUGGACACUUACCCCAUUUUGUUGAUGAGUGUUGGCACUGAACCCUGGAGCAUAGCCUGGCCAUGCCUCCCUGCACAGUUUGCGGGAUAGCUUGGAGUGGCCAGGUAGGCAGGAAGCAAGAGGCUGGGACAGGCUCAUAGCCUAUCAGGUUAGGACAACCUUCCCAACAAGAUGGCUUAGUGCCUGCAUCCUCCAGGGACCACAGGAGCCAGAUGGAGCCUUUAGCAUCAGCACUGAGG